CAGGGCCUCAAAACCAUGGCCUCUGUGGAUACUGCGGUCAUCACCCCCAGAACCAUCCGGGUGGAGGGCAGCAACCCCUCCUCCCUCCCUGAUGACCUCGCUUUCUACACCAGGUUUGAGACGGACAAUAUCAUCCAGCUUGAGGAGUCCAGAUCCUCACUCAAACCUGGCAGCUCUGCACUCACCUUCAGGACUGAGGACGUGGUGAGAGCCCUCAGGAGGACCAGGGAGAGGAGCUCACCCGGCCCUGACAACAUCAGCAGUCGAGUUGUGAGGCACUGUGCAGGGCAACUAGGAAGUGUGUUCUGGACUCUAUUUCAACACUUAAUUGACAGUCACACCGUCCCCCAGCUGUGGAAACACUCCACAGUCAUCCCCAUCCCCAAAAGAAACAACCCAAAGUCUCUGAAUGAUCUUCGUCCUGUGGCCCUCACCUCCCUGGUGAUGAAGGCCAUGGAGAAGAUCAUAAAACAGCACAUCGUAAGAGCAACUGACCCCCUGAUGGACCCACUCCAGUUUGCUUACCGUGCACGCAGAGGCGUCGAUGAUGCAAAAAUCUUCAUCUUGGACUCCAUCCACAAACAUCUGGAGCUCCCUGACUCGCUCUGCCAGACUUCUUACAAAUACCUGGGAACCAUCUUUGACAACCUCCUGAAAUUCUCUGCCAACACUGAGGAGAAUCUCAAGAGGUGCCACCAACAGCUAUACGUCCUUGGGAAACUCAACUCCUUUGGAGUCAGCACACCCAUCAUGAUGACUUUUCCUAUGCCUUCCUGGAAAGCAUCAUGA